AUGGUGCAUAGAGAAUGUGAGAAUGCGACAGUCCAGCGUCAGAUACCGGUGGCGGAAGCUUUGCUUUCCGGCGUUAGUUGGUACCUGAUCAUUGUCUCUGUAUGUUCACUUCACAUCAUCUCUUCUUUUCCACGGGAGAAAGUACAAAAAUUGAAAACUUCCUGCCAUGACAAUAUUGUUACAUGGUCGCGUGAUGGCAAUGUAAUUAUUUGGAUUCCAAGAUGGAAAAGCUGAAAGUGCCACCUCAGCCACAUUAACACCAGAGAUGCCUUCCAACUCCUCGUGGAGUUAAUAAUAGAACUUGUAAGAUGAUUGAUUUUGAAUGAGAA